UCACACUGCUGAGUGUUGGCAAGAACUGUCAAAAUUUAAGAGAUUGUGAUUUGUGAGCUUCCACAAUGGCCACCUGGGAGGAAAAGAAGCAUCUAAUUACAAGAAACUUGCAAGAAGUUUUGGGCGAUGAAACACUUACAGAAAUUUUGAAACAGAGAGAUCUUAAAAUAUAUUGGGGUACGGCCACAACCGGUCGUCCUCAUGUUGCGUAUUUCGUUCCUAUGUCUAAAAUUGCUGAUUUUUUGAAGGCAGGAUGUGAGGUAACUAUUCUUUUUGCGGAUUUGCAUGCCUAUUUGGACAAUAUGAAAGCACCUUGGGAUUUACUGGCACUCAGAACUCAAUAUUAUGAAGCUGCCAUUAAAGCUAUGUUGACGUCACUGGGAGUCCCUCUAGAGAAGCUAAAGUUUGUGAGAGGAACGGAAUACCAAUUGAGUAAAGAGUACACUUUAGAUGUGUACCGUAUGUCAUCAGUUAUCACAGACCAUGACGCUAAAAAAGCCGGUGCAGAGGUAGUGAAGCAAGUAGAGCAUCCAUUGCUUAGUGGUUUGCUGUAUCCUGGCUUGCAGGCUUUGGAUGAGGAGUACCUCAAAGUUGAUGCCCAAUUUGGAGGUGUCGAUCAAAGAAAGAUCUUCACUCUGGCUGAAAAAUACCUGCCUCAACUUGGCUAUGCCAAAAGAGUACAUUUAAUGAACCCCAUGGUACCCGGAUUAACUGGAGGUAAAAUGUCAGCAUCUGAGGAAGAUAGCAAAAUUGACCUCCAAGACAAUCCAGAUAAUGUAAAGAAGAAGCUCAAGAAAGCUUUCUGUGAGCCUGGUAAUAUCACCGAAAAUGGUGUGCUAUCUUUCACCAAACAUGUAAUUUUUCCUCUCAUGAAGUCAGAUGAGACUUUUAAGAUCUGUAGAGCUCCAGAACAUGGUGGUAAUGUUGAAUAUUCAAGCUUUGAAGAUUUAGAAGCCGCAUUUGCCAAGGAGGAUAUUCAUCCAGGUGACUUGAAGGCAUCAGUAGAGCAGGCCAUCAACAGGCUUUUAGCGCCUAUUCACGAAAUAUUUAAGGACCCCAAGUUGAAGGAGUUGACGAAGAAAGCUUACCCACCUCCAGUAAAAACAAAAGGUAAAGCUGCUGCUACAGAUGAAAUCACACCGAGUAAACUAGACAUCAGGGUUGGACGCAUUGUUGAAGUUUCCAGGCAUCCAGAUGCAGAUGCAUUGUAUGUAGAAAAGAUUGACUUAGGUGAAGGAGAGCCGAGGACAGUCGUGUCAGGGCUCGUCAACUUUGUACCCAUAGAAGAAAUGCAGGAUAGAGACGUAGUUGUUUUAUGUAACCUCAAACCUGCGAAAAUGAGAGGUGUGGAGUCUAAAGGAAUGGUGUUGUGUGCAUCAAUAGAUGAGCCCAAACAAGUGGAACCGUUGCUAGCUCCUGAGGGAAGCAAGCCUGGAGAUAGAGUAGUAAUUGAAGGUUACGAAACUGGGGAGCCAGAUGAUGUAUUAAAUCCCAAGAAGAAAGUAUGGGAAAAAUUACAAGUGGACUUGAAGACCAAUGACAAUUUACUUGCAGCAUGGCAAGGGAACAGGUUGAUCAGCAAAGUCAAUGGAAAUCCAGUUACAACUAAAUCUAUGAAGAAUGCACCCAUCAAAUAGACAAAUACUGUAAAUUAUUUGUGUAUUUGAUUAUUCAUACGUGAUUUUUUCUUACGUGCGCUCUGGUUUUCUCCAAGAGCGGUGCCGUCGUGUGGCGGCCGUGAUGCAGCGGUGAACGACGUCACUAGAACGUUGUCUAUGUGGGCGCUAUGGCGCGGUUUCCUAGAGAGUGUUGUCAAUUACCGUUCUAGUGGACAAUCAUGUUCUAGUACGUCAUUCACCGCUGUAUUGCGGCCGCUGUAUGACGGCGCCGCUUUAGGAGGAAACCAGAGCUUUUGUUACAGGAGAGCUUUUGUUAUUUUUUGCUUAUUUUUUAUUUUUGGAUCCGAAAAUUACCCUUAUUUUGUCAUAGAACGUCACGUUUUCUGACAAUGUAGGUCUAUCUAUGUUAAACAAGUUAUCAUUUAAAAUAAACUAU